CAACCGUCGCAUCUCAACUUGAUACGCCAAUUGACCACUAAACAAUUUACGAGGAACCCAGUCAACGUCGAACAAAAUGAGCGAAAAAGAAACAAUCGUAGUAAUCGGCGCCGGUGUAAUCGGCCUCACAACCGCCCUCCGCAUCCAACAAUCCCUCAACCGUCGCCAAUCCAUCCUCCUAAUCGCCCGCGAAUUUCCCAACACCACUGCGCUAAACUACGCCUCUCCCUGGGCCGGCGCCCACUACCGCCCCGUCCCCGGCCUCUCCCCGCAAGCCCUGCGCGAAGAAAACCAAGCCAAAGAAACUUACGCCUACCUUAAACACCUCUCCAAAACCGACCCCACUUCCGGCAUCGCAGGCAUAGAAGCAAUCGAACACCUCGAGAACCCACCAGCCGAAUACCUAGACGCAGAAGCCAUCCAAGCGUGCUACGGACACCUAGACGGAUACAGGCUACUAGGGAAUGACGAGCGUCCCGAGGGGGUGAAGUGGGGCGUGAGGUACGAUUCGUUCGUGAUCAAUUCGCCGGUGUAUUGUUCGUAUCUGUUGCGGAAGUUUGUGUUGGCUGGGGGUGUUACGAAAGAGCGUACGAUUCUUGAUGCGAGGGAGGCGUUUUAUUUAGGGCCGAAUGUAAAGACAGUGGUCAAUUGUUCGGGGAUGGGAUUUGGGGAUGAGAGGACGUUUAUUAUUCGGGGGCAAACUUGUCUGGUGCGGAAUGCUUGUGAGCAGACUAUUACUCGGCAGAAUGCAGAUGGGACUUGGUCAUUCUGUAUCCCGCGGCCGUUGUCUGGGGGAACGAUUAUUGGGGGGACGAAGCAGCCCGAGAAUUAUGAUCCCAAUCCGUCGUUGGAGACGAGGGAGAUGUUACUCGCUAAUGCGGCGAAGUGGUUUCCAUUCAGCCCGGAGAGUGAGAGAAGGUUUGAUGUUAUCCGGGAUAUUGUCGGUAGGAGACCAGCUAGAGAGGGCGGGAUAAGGAUUGAGGCGGAGAAAGUCGAGGAUGGAAAGGUGGUAGUUCAUGCUUAUGGAGCUGGGGGGAGAGGGUAUGAAUUAUCCUGGGGAGUGGCAGGAGAUGUGGUGAAGUUGAUGGUGAGCAAUGGGUUGCUUGGGGAGAGGGCUUCGUUGUAAGUAUAUCCGUAGCACAUUGAGCGACAUGUAGAUAUGCAUAGACUGUAUGAACAUCGGUAUAGACACG